AUGGGCUGCAUUUGCUGCAAGGCCUCGGCCAUCGAGGACAGUCAGGAGAGCCCGCGGGAGAGGAUGUCUGCUGCGGCAGUCAUUGUGGCUGCCCAGCCGAUCGCGUCGGGGAAGCUCUCGACAAUGGAGCGGAGGGCCAUUGUAUCAUCCUCAAGGCGAGAAGAACUGCCCGCCACCCGUGGAGAUGCGGUGAUAGGGGAGAAGACACAGCGCAGUGGUCCGAUCAAGCUUAAUGGCCAGGAUUUAGAGAGGAGGAGUGAGAGGCAGGGCUAUCUCUACGCCCAGGAACUGGAGAGGAGGAAGGAAAGGCAGGCGUACCUCUAUCAUCCCAAGCCAGCAGGAGCUCUCCCAAAGGCCACAGAAGGGGAGCAGGUGGCGGCCGGAUGGCCGCCGUGGCUGGCUACGGUGGCCGGAGAGGCCAUUAGGGGCUGGGUCCCUCGCCGGGCUGACUCUUUUGAGAAACUCGACAAGGUUAGAUUCUUCUUCUCUCUCACAACUGGAAAUGCUGUAAUGCUACACGAAAUGCUUAUUCAGUAAAAUUGUGCUUCGAGAGCGAAUCAGUGUCGACUAAUGAAAGUAGAGAAAAUGGAGUGGUUUUACUGAGCAAAACCGACCGUCUACCAAAGAAAAAUUGACAAAGCAUGGUCCUAUGGAUAAAAUUAAGAUUUCGAAAAGGAUCUGUGAAGUUGGGACUGCGUAUAAUGCUUUAUAUUAUUGCAACUGAUGGAUGGAUUUUUUUCAUCAUCUUCGUAAAACAUUCCCUUGAUUCUGUGCAGUUAUGACAGAAAAGCUGCCUUCUUAGAUAUUUCUGACUUCAUGGUUCACUGUUCAUUCUUCUACUCGUUUCAGAUUGGUCAAGGCACUUACAGUAAUGUUUACCGGGCUCGUGACAUUGAUAAUGGUAAAAUUGUUGCACUGAAGAAGGUGCGAUUUGAUAACCUGGAGCCGGAAAGUGUGCGCUUCAUGGCUAGGGAGAUCCACAUACUGCGCAGACUUGAUCAUCCGAAUAUAAUAAAGCUAGAGGGAUUGGUAACUUCACGAAUGUCUUGCAGUUUGUAUCUUGUUUUUGAAUAUAUGGAGCAUGAUCUUGCUGGGUUGGCUUCUUUCCCUGGUCUGAAGUUUACUGAACCACAGGUAUUCUCAAUAAAAUCUUUCAGUUCCCUGUUUGUAUCUCCUUGGAUACUGUCAGUUUCAUUGAUUUUUUGUUGUACUGGUAGUUUUUUCGUUGUUUCACUUCAGAUGUCACACACACACACACACAUAGAUAUAUAUAUAUAUAGAUAUAGAUAUAUAGCAUACGAAAAUUAUUAUUUUAUGAUCUUGUAGGAUGGAAUGUCGCAGUUUUCAGCUUUUCUUUUUUGUUCAUUCUUGGUAGAUGGUUCCCAUAAAUGAUUGUUGUGUGUAUGACAUCUUUCUUUUUCAUUUCUACAGAUUAAAUGCUACAUGCAGCAAUUACUGCGUGGCCUAGAUCAUUGCCACAGUCGUAAUAUUUUGCAUCGGGAUAUCAAAGGUUCCAAUCUUCUGAUUGACAACACCGGCGUUCUAAAAAUUGCAGACUUUGGCUUGGCAAGUUUUUUUGAUCCUAACCAGUGCCACCCGCUGACAAGUCGUGUGGUUACUCUCUGGUACCGCCCCCCAGAACUUUUACUAGGGGCAACUAACUACGGGGUAGCUGUGGAUUUGUGGAGCACUGGUUGUAUCCUGGCUGAAUUGUAUGCAGGCAAGCCAAUAAUGCCGGGCAGAACUGAGGUAAUUUUUCUGCAUAUGAUGUAAAUAGUUUAGUUGAAGAAUUAAGUGUAUUUUGGAUAAGCUGGAAAUUGCCCCAACUGUAUGAUGGCUAGCUUGUUUAUAUCCUUCCAGGCACGUAAACACCUCAAAGUCAAAGACCUUAAAUGAUGCUAUGUGCACUUUCAAUCAAUAUUUGCUUCUAUCUUUUCCUCGCAUAUGCUUUGCUUUAUCUUUCAUUUUCUGGCUGUCUUUUAUAACUUGAUUCACAUCUUUCCAUGUUCAAUCAAUUUAAUCACUUAUAUCCUGUGGAGGAUCAGACUUAUCUGGAAUAGGUGGUGUUUAAGAGUUUCCUCUAGAAAUCAAAUUUCGUGGCACAUUGUUGUUGAUGAUAAUGAUCAAGGUCUGAAAAACUGCGUGUGAUUCUCCUUCAUAAUUCCAAGAACUCAGCCUUGGCUACUGAGGGUAUUCGUAAAGUAAAACAAUCCCACCAGCCUUGGAUCUUUGAGCGAAAAUUUCUACGGUUCGAGAUUACCAUUUAGGCUAUCAUAUACUCCGACUUUGAACCAAUCAGUUGCAAGGAUGGACAAUUCCUCUUAUGAAAUGAAGGCCAGAAAUCUAUUUUUUUCCACCCUUAUAACGCACUAGUGCUAUAUAGACCUCCGCCACUUGGCAUCAAGGAAGUACGGAUUGAUACGGAGAGUCACAUUGGACUACUGCUCUGUAGUCCAUUCCUCCUGAUUUCUGGGAAACAAGAUGGUCUACUUUAAAUUCCUUUCGCCAUCUUCAGCUUUUGUGAACAUCUGCGACCAACUGUGGAGGCUUGAACAAAAAAAAGAAAAAACCAUAUCUGCUGUUGCUUGUCAGCACCCUUCUGGCUAUAUAGAUGAGUGAUGGUGCCUAUAGCUGGUGAUGGACUAUAUUUUUCAUCUGCUAUAGUCAAACCACCUUGCAAAGCUUGCUGGUGCUGGGAGUGACAGUAGCCUGCAUGCUGCCUGGGUUCUGGCUGCAGUAGUUGCGGCUGUAGAUCUUGUUGGACCAUGUUGCUGGCACCAGGUUUUCUGCGUUAACACAGUAGCGUAGAGUGGUGCAUGGCUGGUGAUACUGACAAUGUUGGCUCCUAUAAUUCUGCAGGCAUCACUGGUGAAUCACAAAGAACAUAGUGCCAGGAGAGUGUCUAAAGUCAAGGACUAACUAGAGGGGACGAAAAAACUAAAUAAAAUACAUGCAAAAGCAAAAUGCGAUGCAAUACAAGCAUGACGGCUCCUGGAUGGUUUUUUCAUGUUCCCACCAGGUUAUUCAUGAUUGCCUCUGAUUCGCCUGCCUGAAAUAUCUUGGUUUUGUGAUCAGAGUAAGAAGAAUGAUAAGUUAUAAAGUUUUGAGUCGGGAUAUUGAUAUACCAAGUGUUGGUUUUCUUUCUACCAAUGGCUUAUUUUUGUCUGGGACUAGAUAGGCGAGGCUUAAAAAUGAUCCAGCUAAAAACGUGAUACCAUUGGAAAUGCAUAUCCCAUUGAGUACCAUCUGUUCCAUCUUAGAAGUUUGUAUGGUCGAGGUGAGUGCUUAUCAGAUGGCUUGCAUUGGUACACUAUGCAUAUGCCUUUUUGAUAACUUAAAACAUGGCCACACCAAUAAAUGGGAUUGUAUGAUUUACCUGUGACACGUUUUUUAUCAGAGAUUUAAACAAAAAACUCAACGCGAUCUAAAGUGGUGAUAACGUUGCUCAGUGGGGACACUGGUGACAAAUGCCUUUCCCUUGGUCUGUUUUGUUUUCACUUUCAGGUUCGUAAAUAAAAUAAGGGGUGAUGUCACCUGAUAAUUAUCUUAAAAUUUUGAUGAGCAAUUCAUUCUAAAUUUAAUUGUCAGGCGCUCAAAUAUUUUCUUUUCCAAAUUCAGGUCGAGCAGUUGCACAAAAUUUUCAAGCUUUGUGGCUCUCCAUCAGAGGAUUACUGGAGAAAAUCAAAAUUGCCUCAUGCCACUAUUUUUAAACCGCAGCAGCCAUAUAGGCGAUGUGUUACAGAGACUUUCAAAGACUUCCCUGUGCCAGCUUUAGCACUAAUGGAUGUUCUCCUCUCUAUUGAUCCAGCUGAUCGUGGGACUUCUGCAUCUGCCCUUAUGAGCGAGGUAUUGCAUAUGCCUCACAAAUUGUCUUUUGUUGAAGAGACUUCGAGUGAGCUAGCUUAGGAUUAAGUUUGCAUCGUAUUUUUUUCCUCUGGUGCUCUAGGAUGUGAGUGAUAGUUCCUCAGGAUAUUACAUAAUGUUUAGGAUUCAUGUGCUGAAAACGCCAAUAGCCAUUUUAUUUUCUCUCAUUUUUAUUGCCUAUCAAAUUUUUUUCUCCUUUGAUGCUAUAUUUGUAAAGCAUCUUGUUGUCCUUCACGUGUAUAUAUAACUGUUUAAGGGAUCUCGUGCAAAAUCCUUACUGUAGGUUCUAAUACUUUUUUCUUACUUCAAAAAUUAAACAUCCUUACUGCAGUCAUUACUACGAAGCUUGCAUCACACUUAUAAUGAGAACCACAAUUAUUUUUUGGAAUCACUUGAAUGAAUGUUUAAGCCGUAGAACACAAGCAUGAUCUCUUAUCCUUAUUGUUUCCUACAUUAUCAUGCAGACCAUCUAACCAUUAGUUCGGUUAUUUUUUAGAGCUUAUUACUUUUAUUUGUUUAUUUUGAAAGCUAAUUUGGUUGUACAUAUGUGGUCGCUGAUCCACUUAAAUCUUCUGCUGACAAUAAUGACAGCCUUCACUGAUGUCAAAUUAGUUUAUUUGAAUUUUACCUCUUCCACCUGAUAAUGUUACCCCUCAGAAAGAGUGACAAAGUCCAGUCUCCAGUUUUACUGAAAAUUCUUGUUCUCUGAUGUAAAUGCUAGGCCUCUUUACUCUCAAACCAUGUUUUUUUUUUUGUUAGGGAGUCAGUUUCCAUGAUGCAUUGUCCCAUUGGAAGAUGCCUCAUUGUGUACUUAUAUGUUUUGAUUGAAUAUAUAUUUUGAUGCUUACACAGUAUGGGAAAUAUGAAAUAGAGGCUUGACCCUCUUACAUGCACUAAAUUUACGAUUUUUUUUCACUUUAUUACCCGGAGAGAAGAGAAGACGAAGUUAGUAAUUUGUUAUCUGACCUGAACUUAUUUCUCUUUUGUUGUAUUAAAGUGGGCGCUCUCUUUCUCUGUGAAUGGAUGCGGAAUCACUCAACAGAUGCAUCAAUUAUCUCGUUUUUGGUGUUUAUAGUUUUCAGUUCUUAUUCUGAUAAGUGCAUCAAUCAUGAAUGUUGAAAAUCUGUUUCUCCAACUUAUAAUUCAGAAAAUAUUAAUGCAUUUAUUCACUAGAAUCAUUUUCUCUUGGUCCAUUGAUUUCUCAGUUUUUGCCUAAAUAUCCUAAAACAUCUUGUAACAUUAUUUAUUUUCAGUUCUUUACAACAAAACCACUUGCUUGUGAUCCUUCAAGUUUGCCUAAGUAUCCUCCCAGCAAAGAGUUUGAUGCAAAAGUUCGGGACGAAGAAGCUCGAAGGUUAGUCUGUUUCAUAUAUUCUGUUUCCGUAUAAUAUCUUAAGCAUAUCAUUUUUUUGGGUCAGAUGAAAAGUCUAAAAAAUACCUUUUCACAUGCAUAAUGGGAUAUAACUCCUCAAAUUUGAGGCAUUUAUCUUGUUACGGAUGCAAUUUUGAAUUGAGUCCUUUUGGCGACGUUAUAGGAUCGUUUUUGUACGUUGACGUUAAUUAAAUUGUUUCCUUUAGAUGUCACAUAUUUUUUCUUCGGGUUGUCAUGUUACACUACUCUGGACCUUUUUUUUUUUUUCUUUGAACUUCCUCCCCUCCUUUUUCAGAAAUUAUAAGUUAGUCCCUUCUGGAGUGCUAGCAGGAUAACAAAUCUUUUAUUCGGUCAUAUGCUCCGCGAAGGAAUGAUUUUACAUGUUGCAUAACCCAAAAAUUGUGUACCAUCUCCGGUGCUUGCAGAAGCAAAAACGUUAAUACUGAUGCUAAUGUCUGUGCUUGUUGAUAUGUAUAAACCAAAUCUUGUGAAUAGCUAAUACCCGCGUGAUCUGAAAAUUCACGCUGUGCAUCUCACUGAUAAUUUGCUUUGUAUUUACAGACAAGGAGCCUUAGCUAGCAGGAUGCAGAGAGCUGAUGUUGAAAGGAAAGGAGCGAGAGACUCUAGAGCUGUUGCAGCACCCGACGCGAAUGCAGAGUUAGCUGCAUCAAUACAGGUAAAAUUAUUCGUCUUUACCGUGGGAUUAGGUAUUUUUCUGGGGUCUUUGAUCUGUCCCAGAACAUUCCGUUUUACUAUUCCCACUUGUCAUUUUUCUUCCUUGGAACUUCACCAUAGUAAUCUUCCGAAUCCAAAGUUUGUGCCUUUAUAUAUAGUUGUUGUCAAGCUUUGAUUGUUCAUAUUGUCUGCAUGGCUUUGUCGUCAGAAGUAGGAAGACUGUUUGAAGAUGCUUUUUGCUGAACUAAAGAAAACCUACUUGAGCUUCAAUGCUAAAGAAUUACUAUGAGAUGCUCCAAAAAUUCGUUUGCUCUCUUUUGCAUCUAUCAUUAGCCAUUGGAAGCAUGACAUGUCUUCACCUUUUUUAAACUUUAAAUUUCUUUCAUGUUCUACUGUCAAGAAUAUUCAUUGUUUACUCCGCUCAUAGAUCGCCAUUUGGUCUUUUCCAACUUUUCUCUGCCAGUUCAGAACCUUGACCCUAGUUUUUCUAGCUUUGAUAGGGUCAAUGGCUUCCUUAGUCUGGUUUUAUUCGGUGCUUGCUGAGUGGAAGGAACGUUAUCUUACAUUGUUAUUUUACGGUAAUGUCCCCGAUCAUGCAUGCCAUUUUUAGCUGAGGCCUCGUCCAUCCUAACCAGCUUUGUGGUUGUGGGAUAUGAUGGUUAGAGCAGAAGAGGAAUCCUGGGUGUAGGAAGAAGAGGUGAAAAUGAGUUGAGGGUGAAACUGUAGACGCUGCUGUGAGCAUGGCCAGUGGUUUUCAUGCUAGGGUCAAAGAAAAUAAAAGAUACGUCUUUAAAAACGUUCUGGGUUGAGGUCCACGCCCUGGACCCAGUCAGGAACCCAGAUCCGUAUGGACUUGGUCAAAUUGGCGUACAGGAUAUGUUGUGGGUGAAAACUCUUGUGAAAACUCGACUUCAGCUUUGGUUUAUUAGAUGCUGUGACUUAUCUUAUCAAAUAUCAGGUCAGAAGCCUCCUUUCGAAGCCCAUUGGGUUCUGUUUUGUAUCCCAUCCAUUGUCGAAACUGAGAGUCAACAAAAGCAGCUGAAGUUUCUCGCGGUCAAUGGUACGGGGGGUGGUUGGGCAUUGUUUACCCAUCCAUCGGUAACUUGGUUGUGGUUGGCUACAUUAUUCACAUUAACUUGCCAGUGCAGCGAUUUGGUUCCUUCCGAGUUAUACUUUGACUUGUGAUUUUCUGUCGUCGGUUUUAAUAUUUGUCUGGUUCUUUCUGAUGGGCCGAGCACAGAAAAGGCAAGGCCAGCCCCAGUCUAAGAGUAGAAGCGAAAAGUUCGGCUCACAGCAUGAGGAUGUCGCCUCAGGCUUCCCGAUUGAGCCGCCCAGACAAGGCUCCGUCUUGGAAGCAGCUGAAGAGUCUCGCACUCGUUUCCCUAACAGAGCUUCAUACUCGGGGCCACUGGUUCAUCGGGACCAGUGGGCCAAGGGACGCAAGGACAGCGAGACCCCCAAGGCUACGAUGGCGGCUAAUUUGUCCUCCCUGGAGGGUCUGAUGGAAACCCGGAGGAAUGCUUCCCUAAACGAAAGCAGAGAAAAGUAUGGCUCCGAAAUGGAUCCCACAGGCUUUGCAGGCAGAUUGUCGGAGUCGAGGAAUGAUCUGUCGGAUUCAGCGAGGAAGGGCGACGAAAUCUAUCAUUCCCACUUGUCGGGCUCUCGCCGAAGAGGAGAAGAGAAGAGCAGCAACAGGGAUCAAGAAUUGGUGGGUGACGUCUCUUCCUGGUUCGUUCUCUUUGAAUCAAUCACCAUCACUCCUGUUCUAAUCUCUCCGGCAUCUCCUCUCUCUGCAACAGGCGUGCGCCACCAAGGGCGCCAAGAUUCAUUACUCUGGGCCGCUGUUCCGCCCGUCGGGGAAGGGGAACAUUGACCAGAUGCUCAAGGACCACGACCGCCAGAUCCAGGAGGCCUUCCGCAGGGCUCGCACCGACAAGUCAAAAGCCAGGAAGGGCCAGUCCGCGGGGAAGCAGGGCAGCAGCAGGGCUUAUGAACAGGGGGCUCAGAUAUUCCCCUCCGGCCGGAUGGCGGCCCCAUUAUUCCCUUCAAGUCGAGGAGCGGCUUGA